GAAAAACGCUUCUCAGUACAGACUUGCUCAAUCGAUCUGCUUGCACAAUUAAUUACACAGAUUGAGAAUCGUAAUGAAAACUAGUUUUGUUUUCACUUUUUUACUGUGGAAAAUCGUAAAUAUUUCGAGUUUAACUGAUGUUCAGGGAGUUUCGAUAUCGCAGGAAAAAUGCGAAUUUUACCAGAAUAUGUUUCAACCACCAGCAUACGCAGACUCUCCAUUUCUGGUCAGGAUUUACAGCGGCUACUAUUUAAACGCAAAUUUAGUUAAUUACAAUAAUGCUGGCUUUUUAAAUGGUAUACUCAUUAGCGAGGAUUUUGUUCUUUCAGUGGCCAAUAACAGAACAGAAAUUCUACUCUUUGUUGAAGUUCUCGAUAUGCAAUUGGAAGUAAUCCAAAAAGUCGUUAAUGAACAACAAAGUAUUAUGUUGCUGAAAUUAAGCAAGUCGAUUAAUUUGGGUGAUCAGAUUCGACCGGUUUGUUUGCCUCAAACGCAGCCUAACAUUGUAUCACAAAUAAUUUGUUGGGUUGAUAGUAGCUGGUUGAAUCGAAUAAAAUUAAAAUUGCCUUCGAGGGGUAGCUGUAAGAAGAACUCAGAUGACUACAUUAAACGAUUACGCAUUCAAGGUGUCAACAAUGGAACAAACUUUUGCACCAAUGUUGUAGAGGGAGAUAGAGACAGAUGCAACAUGCCCGGUUCCGUAUUGUUAAAUGACCAACAAGAAGUCGUAGGUGUUGCAACUGGAUCCGUGUCCGAAACUCGACAAAUGUUUGUUCAACUAUCCGAGCAUGUUACCUGGAUAGAAAAUAUCGUCUGGCCUAGUAGCAUUGUAAGCAGUACAACCAUAUCUACAGAAGAAACAUCCGUAUCAACGUUUGAAUACGGGAGUAACAUAUCAGAAACGAAUGUAUUCGAUUCCACAACGACGACUACGCCCAGAUCGACAGAAACAAAAGCGGCUUCACAAAUUGACGCCGAAUUGCACGACAUUCACAUAUUCUUGAAUGUCAACCUGAUUCUGAUUGUGGUAAUAUUAUUUAUAGUUCUGUGUCUUUCAACCAUCCUGUGGAGCGACGGACUAUGCAUUCGUGAAGCACUGCCAAAUCAAUUUUUAACAUCGACCGAUGUUUAAAUAAUUUUAACCAAAUUUUCGCAAACAAUCAACAGUAAUUUGCUGUGCUAUGAUGUGAUGACACCGAGUAACUAAUUUAAUUAGAAUGUUGGCAAUUAAAAUUGUUACCAUAGGAUUGGUUGCAGUGGAAGAGAUGAAAAAUCUGCGAGAAAUUUCCCGUUAUAGCCAGUCAAUAUAUAUCUUUGUUGCAAGUAAAAAAUAUAGUUAUCCCGUGAGUGUUACUCAUUCUUUCAAUGAAUCAUUGCUUAUAAGUCGAUGUAAUUUAACAACAGUUAAAU